AUGACCCAGUCGGUGGUCGUACAGGUGGGCCAGUGCGGAAACCAGAUCGGCUGCUGCUUCUGGGAUCUGGCGCUGAGGGAGCAUGCCGCGGUCAACCAGAAAGGAAUUUAUGAUGAGGCAUUAAGCAGCUUCUUUAGAAAUGUGGAUACCAGAGUGGUUGGUGAUGGUGGCAGUAUUUCCAAGGGGAAAAUUUGUACUUUGAAAGCGCGAGCUGUCUUGAUUGACAUGGAGGAAGGGGUAGUAAAUGAAAUUCUGCAGGGACCAUUGAGAGAUGUGUUUGAUAGCAAGCAGCUCAUCACUGAUAUUUCUGGCUCGGGGAAUAACUGGGCUGUGGGGCACAAAGUUUUUGGCAGUCUUUAUCAAGAAAAGAUUUUAGAGAAACUCAGAAAGUCGGCAGAGCACUGUGAUUGUUUGCAGUGUUUUUUUAUAAUACAUUCCAUGGGAGGAGGCACAGGAUCUGGACUUGGCACAUUUCUUUUAAAGAUGCUCGAGGAUGAAUUCCCAGAAGUAUACAGAUUCGUGACUUCAGUUUAUCCUUCUGGUGAGGAUGAUGUCAUAACCUCGCCUUACAAUAGCAUCUUGGCAAUGAAGGAACUCAACGAGCAUGCAGACUGUGUGUUGCCCAUUGACAACCAAUCUUUAUUUGACAUCAUUAGCAAAAUUGACCUGAUGGUGAAUUCUGGAAAGUUGGGCACAACUAUAAAGCCAAAGAGUCUGAUUACUUCAAGUGCUGGGGCUGUUAAGAAACGGCACCAGAAGCCCUUUGAUGCGAUGAACAACAUUGUAGCCAAUUUGCUGCUGAACCUAACAAGCUCUGCAAGGUUUGAAGGGUCCCUUAAUAUGGACCUUAAUGAAAUCAGCAUGAAUUUAGUUCCUUUUCCGCAACUGCAUUAUCUUGUGUCAAGCCUUACACCUCUCUAUACACUGGCAGAUGUUAACAUUCCUACCCGAAGGUUGGAUCAGAUGUUUUCAGAUGCCUUUAGUAAAGAUCACCAGCUAAUUCGGGCUGACCCCAAACAUAGUCUGUACCUCGCCUGUGCCCUUAUGGUUAGAGGAAAUGUACAGGUUUCAGAUCUUCGCAGAAAUAUUGAAAGAUUAAAACCUUCUCUACAGUUUGUCUCCUGGAAUCAAGAAGGCUGGAAGACCAGCCUGUGUUCAGUACCUCCUGUGGGUCAUUCCCAUUCAUUAUUAGCUCUAGCAAAUAACACAUGUGUGAAGCCUACCUUCAUGGAACUGAGAGAGAGAUUCAUGAGGCUGUACAAGAAAAAGGCUCAUCUUCAUCACUAUCUACAAAUUGAAGGGAUGGAAGAAAGCUGUUUCAUGGAAGCUCUAUCAUCUUUAUCGGGGCUCAUAGAGGAAUAUAACCAACUGGAUGCCACGAAAAGCAUGCCUGUGGAAGAUUUUCCCAGACUAAGCGUAGCUAUGUGAAAAAGAAACCCCAAGAUACAACUCUGAUUUUGUCACCUUUUCUUUCUGUUUCAGAAUUUUUGUGAUUCAGAAGAUCCAAUUUGCACUUUUCCUAUUAGAAAGCACUUUUGUCGUUAAAAAAAAAAAAAGUGAUUUUCAUUUCAUCACAAUUUGUGGAUGAUACCAGUCUGUGAAAUUAGUGAAGUCCUACUACCUCAACUUCAAACAUUUGUCUUCAGAAAAUUCCCCUUUUCUAAAAUGAGAAAACAGAAUUCUUCAGUAUUUUAAUUUAUAUUCUCAUAGUUAAGCACUUAAAUACAGUGAUAAUCAUGUCUUCAAUAAAGAUCUUACAAGGUAUAUUUUUAUAUUUAUUUAUAAUUUAUUUUUUCAUAUUCUGUUUAAAUUCUCCUGAUUUUUUAAAAGCAAGUACGAGGAGUAGUAGAACACGAUAUAAAUACAUUUAUGUAAUACCCACUAACUUUUCAGGGAUACGUUUUAUUACAUCUCUAAAGGAGGUUUUGGUUUCUUCUUUGGGUAACCACAUUUUGCACUCAAAGAAUCCAAAUUUACAUU